AUGUCAGCUGUACAACUUGUCAAAUCCUCAUAUGGUAAAACCAACGUGAAAUUCUUGAAGGUCAAGAACGAUUCUCGAAACAAGAAGAAGCAAGAGGUUAUUGAAGCGAAUGUAAUGGUGUUAUUGCGUGGUAAUUUUGAAGCUUCAUAUACUAAGGCUGACAAUACGUCGGUGGUGCCUACUGACACUGUAAAGAACACUAUCUUUGUGGAAGCGAAAACCACCGACGUUUGGCCCUUGGAAAGAUUUGCUGCUCAUUUGGCUAAGCACUUCACUACCAAGUACAACCACGUCUCGGGUGUUGAAGUGACUAUUGUCCAACAAAAAUGGUCAAAGUACCCGUUAUCCACUGGCAAGGUCCACGAACACUCAUUCAAACAUGACGGUCCUGAAACUAAGAGAAUCUAUUUGGUCUACGACAAGAAAUCAGGGGAAUUAAAGCUCACAACGGGUAUUAAGGACUUGACCGUACUUAAGUCGACAGGUUCGAUGUUUUACGGUUAUCACGAAUGUGACUACACCACGUUGAAGCCUACCACCGAAAGAAUCUUGUCCACUGAUGUUGACGCCGUGUGGGAGUUUGACCCUAAGGCGUUGCCGAACUUGCAAUCGGUAUUUGUCGCUGCUGAGAGAGGACUUUUUGACAGAGCUUACAACGCGGCACGCCAGACUACCUUGGAGUUGUUUGCUUCGGAGAAUUCUGCCUCGGUACAAGCCACGAUGUAUAACAUGUCACAACUGAUUUUGGAACAGGUUCCUGAAAUCAAGGAGGUCCCGUACGCUUUGCCUAACAAACAUUAUGUGUUAUUCGACUUGUCGUGGAAGGGCAUCGAGAACAAUGAUGACUUGUUCUACCCUCUGUCAGACCCUAACGGAUACAUCAAAUCAACUGUGAAUAGAGAAAUUGAUAAAUCUAAGUUUUGA